UCAGUUGCGACUGUAAUUGAAAGCGACUGAGCCCAAAUAACAGCCGACAUGUUCUGACACUCAUUGUUGCGGUGCGGAAGAGCCGUCAUGUGUUUUGGAGGAUCUUCCAGCAGGAAACAGAACAUUUGCUUGCUUUUCGUCAUAUGACCACUGGGACUGAGAGAUAAACAAAGAGCCUUUUACAGAGAACACACACACACAUCAACAGUUGGUUACGUCACAGAACUCAGACGGACAACUGCGUAUUGGCACUAAUUUGCGUGAGCUACAAUAAUGCAUGAUAGAUGAGCGGACCAUCUCAAAGAAACACCUCCUUCCUCCUGCUUGUUACUGGAAUGUCUUCACUCUUCAACUCGUAAAGUUGCUAUAGUGAGUUUCCUUGUUGAAGAAGAGUCCCAUCCCAGGGACAAUUCAGCCUAGACUCAGAGCACAACCAGUAGAGCUUUGAAUGGAAAUUCUACAAAGACGGGUCCAACAUUUCACCAGGUUUUCUAGCUUGUUCGGCUCAUGAAAGCUCCCCCUGGGUCCAGUCAGAGCAGGGUCAAGAGGCCUGAGGAGACCACCGUGCAGGAGGAGGUGACAUGGAAUUUGUACAUUUUUAUACCGACUGGGACUGGAAAGUGGAUCACUCAGUGUGUGAGGGUCACACUUUAAGGAGCCCAGAGGAGCGACUCACUCCAGAGCAGUGCUGGUGUCUGCAGAUGGAUCUGUCCUGGCUGACGUCGAGGGUCCGUCCACCAACCACUGGCUGGUGGGUGUAGCCAAAUGUAUCGAAACAAUCAAUGACAUGGUCCAGAGAGCCAAGGUGAAGGCGGGGCUUGAUCCAGACACAGCCCUUCGCGUGCUGGGCAUGUCCCUCAGUGGAGGGGACGAGAAAGCAGCCCUUGACAGUUUGAUCGCUGAAAUGAAGAGGACGUUCCCAAAUCUUUCGGAACGUUUCUUCAUCACCACCGAUGCCAUCGGUGCCGUGGCGACGGCCACUGACCAGGGAGGAAUCGUGCUGAUUUCAGGCACCGGGUCCAACUGUAAAUUGGUGAAUCCUGAUGGCUCCUGUGUGGGCUGCGGGGGCUGGGGCCACUUGAUGGGCGACGAGGGCUCCGCAUUUUGGAUCGCUCACUUGGCCGUGAAGACCGUGUUUGAUGCCCAAGACAAACUGGCCACACCCCCUCAUGACGUCACAUAUGUGAGGAAGGCCAUGGAGGAAUACUUCCAGGUGUCAGGUCUGAUGGGAAUGCUUCCUCACCUCUACAGAGACUUCAACAAGACGCACUUCGCUGGAUUCUGUCUGAAACUAGCCGAAGGUGCAGCAGGAGGCGAUGCGCUCUGUCGUCACGUCUUCACGGAAGCAGGAAAGGUUUUGGCCAGUCACGUGAAGGCAGUUUUGCCUAAAGCUCACCAGUCACUGUUGGACAACCAGCUGGGCGUUCCAAUCCUGUGCGUGGGCUCGGUGUGGAAGAGUUGGCCCCUCCUCCAGUCAGGAUUCACCCAAGUUCUGGACCAGGCGGCCUCCUCUGAUGAGCUGAAAGGCCGUUUCCGUGGCUACAGCCUCCUGACUCUGAGACAGUCUUCAGCACUGGGAGGUGCCAGUCUGGGAGCGCGGAGCAUCGGUGAUGUCAUCAGCAUGGACUACAGCGCCAACAGCGACCAGUUCUACAUCCACUCCUUCAGCCAGUAGAGAAUCAGCUGCUCCCAGAUCAGUCAUGCCACAAACCUGUCAAUUGAAUGGACCACCAGACCAAACCUCUCUGUUAACCUUCAUUUCCUUUUGACUGACUCUGGAGUUAUACACUUCCCUUCCUCCCAAAUAGAAGAAAAUGUAAACACAUUUAAAUGACAGUUCAUUCUGUUUGGUCAGCCUUAAACAACAUCCACUCGUCCAGCAGUUCACCUUCAGAAACUGCGAGGCGGCUUGUUCUUAAAGAGUCCAGGACCAUGGGUGGUGGACCAGAACUGCCCACAUCAGCAGCAUCCUGGGAGUCCACCCUCUUGAAACUGGUCAUUUUAUGCAAGCAAAGCAAAAA